AUGGUAAAUUGGGCUACGCUCUUGUCAGAGAAAACAGUCACAAUAUCUCCUAACACGGCUGCUCUGGAACAACUGGCACGAAGAUAUCACCCAGAAGAGGGUUCUGAAGAACCAUUUGAAAUCUCUGCGAAGCUGAGCAAGUACAUCAGUCAACGCAAAAAGGGUUUUGCUCUGCGUAACGCAAAACAAGACCUCAUGAAGGCCAUCAUACCAACAACUACGGGCAAGAGUGAUGUCGCUGACGUUGACAAGGCCGCUGCGGCAGAUGAGUGCGCUGAGGUCUUUGAGGAUGAGGCGGACCGUGUUGUAAAGGACGAGGAUGCAAUCCGAUUGAGGAAGUUUGCGAGAGAGGUAACCAAGAAGGCAGUCAUGGAAAAAAUGCGUGAGAAGGUACGCAAUAAAAUGUCGACUAUCACACAAAUUCGUGGUACAUUGAGGGAGAGUGGUCCAUCAGGAAGUGAGGGGGAGGAUGACCUAGACUCCGAUCUUCAAAUACUCGAGCCCGUAACACUCCUCACCCGAGAAGAGAUGGAGUCUCUGCUACAACCAAUGCGAAAGAAGUUGGGCGAUGAUCAUGAAACCUGUCUCCUCAUUACCAAUGCCCUAAAUCAUGAUGAGGAUGGUGUGCGCAAAUUUUGCAAAUUUGUGUCCGACGGACGCCUGAGGGAGAGCUUUCUGGCCACGAUUGUGUCGGUAGAGUGGGUGUUUUAUUUCCUGGCUGCGGUCAAUGGCUCUGCUCGGACCUUGAUGGGCCUUUUGGAUACUCUGGCCGACAAGAGUGAGGCCAAUAGAACGAAUGCCCAGGCAGUUGUUAAACUGCUAACCGGGCAGCUGGGCGAAGGACCCUAUCUUAAACCCUUUUACAAUGCUUUCAUGCAGUGUCGAGCAGCUGUCGUCAGCUUUUGCGUGAAAAGGGGAGGCAAUCAGGCGGAGAUUGAGGCUGUCUUCAGAGAAUGCCUCUGCGACAUGGAUGACGAGUAUGAGAGGAUGGGUGAGAUGCUUGGUCUUACGGAUGAAGAGUUCGCUGUGGGCGAGGACAGAAGGAUUGCAAAUAUGGAUGUGGAUGACGACGAUUUUAGUGGUCCGGAGGGCACCAACGAGGUUGAAGUACGUGUCUACAAUCGCAUGGGUUCAACAAGCCCAGGCCAAUCUGGAGUCUUUACUGACGGUGCAGGUCUUGAAUUACCCGACUUCAUUGAUGAGCAAUCAGAGGACAUCAGUGUUGAGAGCUGUGCAAAAACAUUUUCAGAGUUAAUGCGUUAUGAUGCUGUUCAAACUGCCUACCAGUUAAAUAGCGACAAUCUCUUUUGGCCGCAGACCACUGGUAAUAAGGCAAAACGGGCAUUUGUUAUUUGCAUUGUUCCAUAA